CAAACAGGAAUUUCUUCUUGUUUACGAUGGUUGAAACUUCCUGAUGUUCGGAUUGUAACCUGAGCUAUUUUGGAAGAAAAGAGGCAGUCAUUCUGCCAGAAUUUGGAAGUUAGUGUGGGUAACGUCAGGAGGCCAUGGCUACCCCAGCGAAGACAGAGAAGCCCAAAGACGAGAAGGAGAGGGACAAGGAUGAUAAGCCCAAAGCCCCUCCAAAGCCAAAGGCUCCUUCGAAACCACAGUUAGAAAAGUGGGUUUCAUCCAUAAAUGCCUUAUUGAGUGAUCCUGAUGGCCUGAAGGCAUUCAGGGCAUUUCUCAAAGAAUCGGAGGUGGAAGAUGGUGAGCUCACAAGAUAUCUUGACUUCUAUGAAGAGGUUGAGAGUUACAAAGCAGAAUUUAAAAGACUAGAAGAAUCAGCAAAAGACAUUUUUGAAACAUAUCUUGAGGAUGCUGCUCACCAGGGAAUUAUUUUGCAGGUUGGGGCUGACAAGGAGGUGGGAACGGGGGGAAAGAGCGUGGAAAUUGGGGACAAGCUUGAGGAUGAAGGAUUGGAAGGUGUGCAGCUAUUUGACGAACCACAGAAGAAGGUCAAACAAAAGCUCGCUGAUGGACAGUACAUCAACUUCUGCUCACACCUGAAGGAGAAAUACAAGUUAUAGCACAAAGCACUUCACUCUGCAGGAAAGGUGGCUACCAUUGUUUGCAAAGAUGUUUUUAAUUUGUAACUGAGAUAAAAAGUUUAUUGUCCCUUGUAUAUGAUUUUGGUAGUCCCUUACAAAAGAGUGAAUAAUGGCUGAGGCAUAAGAAAACCAAACAAAUGAAAUAAUGAUAAUAAAAAAAAAUAGAUAAAUAAAAGUGAAAAAUAUAUUUUAAAGUUGUUUUACCAAUGAUUUAGAAUAUUAGAUGACAUUUUUAUUCCUGGUGUACUUAAAAGGUAAUAGCCUGAAUGCAGAAACGUUAGUAGGGAAGAAAAGGCACUUGGGCAUGUUUGAGUUAUGGUCAGUAGUGUGAGCCAGUUUAUAGAAUAUGAGUGUAAAUGUAAAGGAAAAGGGAAAUAGUGAUAAUGAUAGAUCACACAAAUAUUGUAAUGGCCUUAUUUUAUAUGUAAUUUAUUUUUUAUAUUAUAAUUUUAUAUGUAGGUUGCUUAAUUUUUGGUACCCUGCAUUUUUUUUUUUUUUUUUUUUUUUUUUUUUUUUUUUUUUUUUUUUUUUUUUUUUUUUUUUUUUUUUGUACCUCUGUAACAGUCUCUCAUAAAGGGUAAAUCUUAGUGUGGGUAUGGUAAUGGAGAUUAAUUCUUUAAUUCUGCCCUUAAACACAUUUACAUUGUGUAUCCUUUAUCAUAUAUAUGGUGGCCUCUACAUUUCCACCUAGCAACAAAGGGGGUAUCCCCUUGUACCCAUUGGAAUUGCCAUGACAUGUAUAGCAGUCUAGCAGCAUGGAAUUAAGCAUUGGCGAAUGAAGCUUGUUCUCUUAGAUCCGUAGAUAAUACUAUAACUCAGGGCUAUUGUUUUUUCUUUAACUGAUUUGUGAACCUUUAUGGAUACUUUUAAAAAGGAAGGUUGAUGAUUUCCAUUGAUAGUUGUUAGUUGAGACAUCUUACUUUUAUCAGUAGUCCUCGUAUUUUUUCAUCAAUGAAUUAUUCCUACCUAAAAUCAACACCUUAUUUUUUGCACAAAUGUGAUAAUAAUGGCCUUAGAAGUAGGAAUGGUAUGGCCCCUAUAUAUAUAUAUAUAUAUAUAUAUAUAUAUAUAUAUAUAUAUAUAUAUAUAUAUAUAUAUAUAUUAUAUAUAUAUAUAUGUCUGUAUGUAUGCAUGUAUAUAUCAGUCAGGUUGAAAUGAUGUCAUGAAAAUGCCCAUGUUUACUGUAGAACAAUUUUCAACACCAUAUUUUGAGAGGGACUGUCUUGUCUUGUCAGCUUGUACUUCAGUGAUGUACUUUCCUUAAUAUUAUGACUGCCUUAUAAGUACUUAAUAAGAAAAAUAGACCUUAUUUUACAUGUGAUGGAAUGCUCAAGCAUUUAGGAAAAAUUUUCUUCUCUCUCUUCUUUCCUCUUCCAGAAAAUGUUAGUCUUUUGCCACAAUCAUCUUCUUUUGCUUGCCUCAUGAUUUUUCUUAAAAUAAAGGCAGUAGACUGUUACUGUGUUACAGAUCUUACUGACUGUCUGAAUUAGGUAAGCACAUUUUUUUAUCAUAUUUCUUUCCAUUUGUUAAUACAAUUUUUCUUGGCUGUCCCUUAUUUUUCCAUCCUAUGGGCACUUAUUUUAUAUAUUUAGGACUUUGCGGUAUGCAGUAUCAGUAGGUUUCAGGGGUAAAAUAAGUUCAUAAUUUUGAUUAUUAUUUCACACUUUAAUCUUGAACUUCUUUUAUGCUUUUAUAAAUGUAAAGCAUCAACUUUAGUGACAUUUGUCAAGCCUGCAAAUUUAUGUUCAAAUAUGAAUUAGGUGCUAUGUGUAGUUGUGUGAAUGAUCUCAUCUGAAUAAAUGCUUCAGGACUUAUGUAUCACAAGUACUUCUAUUUUAGGUACCAGGUUAUUUCUUUUUUGUUUCUGUCUAUAAGGAUUAUCUCACAGGACUUAAAAUUCUUGUCCCUGGUUGUUGAGACACUGUGGCUAUAGCUUGUGGCCUGAUUUUCCAAUCAAAUGGCAGGAGUUUCCCCAGGCAUCACUAUUUGGGGUGAAGAUGCAGACAAGAGAAGAACAUGGGAAUCUGAUUAAACACCAAACAUUGGCUGUGGGAAAAGUGCCUCCCUUCUCCCCUUCUUUCUCUGUUUGAAGAGGGAAAUCCAAAAGCCUAGAUUAGCCAUGAAUAGCAUGCUGAGAGAGCCCAAUAUCCAAUAUCCAGGAUUUUAAGUCCUAUAUUGUAGGCCUGUAAGAAAACAAGAUUUUUGUUAUCAAAUGACAAACUUUAUUCAUAUGUUUGUGUGGAGAUCCUUUAUUGAAUAGUAUGAGUAUAGAUUAUUUAAUCUAUAGAAUGCUGAAACUGGAAAAGUAGUAUUGACAGCAAUUUUGUUUUUGUGAGGUUGGUUGGAAAUAUCUUGAAAAAGGUAAAAAGAAAAAAAAGGCACUUUAAAUUUAAGAUUAAACAAUUUAAAUUUAUUUCCCAUCUUUAUGUAAAGAAGAUUUUCAACUUUAGCUGUAUUCUCUGAGGAAAAUCAGAUUAUUCUGGUUGACCUUGUAUUGAAAUUUUAAUUACUUAGUUUUAUAGUGACUUUUGCUUUAUCCUUUUUGAUUUGCAUUGAUAUGUUUUGAAGUACUGUUUGAAGAAUGUACAUUGUCCUUGAUGUUGUUGUUUUUUUUGUGUGUGUAAAAUGACUUACAUAGUUGUUGCAGUAAUUUGAAUUUUGAAGGCCAGAUACAAAUAUCUAUUUUUACAAUGAUUAUGUAAGCAUUUUCUUAGAUUUUUAACUUGCAACAUGUUUUGUCUUGAGCAGGGAAGCAUGACAGUUAUGCUUAUACUUUUACAAUGAUAUUUUUAAAACCAUGUUUGAUGAUCGUAACCAUAUUUAUAUGUGUUUAUUAUGAGAGUAAAGAAUUUAUACAGUAUUAAAAAUAGGAAAGGAUAAAUUGUAAGUAAUGUUUUUUUUUUGGUAAAACUUGAAUUGAUACAUAAAUGUUACUGAUAGAUUAUAAAAGCUUUAUUAUUUUUUUAAUCAUUGAAGACAUUUAGAACAUAUUUAGAAAGAUAAACAUCUUCAAUGAAGCUGUAUGGAAAUUAACUAAGCUCUAUAUUAAGAAAUGUGGUAAAUUUCUUAAAUUUACUUAGCAAAGGUCCAAGAAAUGUAUAUGAAAUAUUGUGAAGAAUUGUUGCUCCAGUAAAAUUACAUAAAUUAUGUAGUUUGUACCUUGUUGCUCUAAUAUGCUAUUAGACAAAAUACAGCUUGGUGUGUGGAGUUUGAAUUUAAUGGUGGCUGUGGUUAAGCUUGUGUGCAUUCUUUUGUAUUUGAUCAAUGUGUGAGGUGAUAUUUUUGCUUGUCACACAUUUAAGACAGUGAUUUGCCAGCAUGAGCAUUAUUCGAGCAAGUUGUAAAUUGAUACUUUGUAUAAUUGUGUAAAUCUUGCUACUAUGAUUUCUUCACACUUUUGACACCUAUUAUUAUGAACCACGACAUUGGAUAUAGGCCAUAAAAGAAGUUGUUUGUUUAAGUUUCAUAAAAGGAUUGAUCAAAUGAGGUAAUGUAAAUUAUUUAUGUAGUGUUAUAUGCACAUGGAUGCCUGAAAAGUAAAUACAACACAGCAUUUGAUAUUAGUAUUCAUGUAUUAUAGUUCUGUCAGUCCUCUAGAACAUAGGGAUUAGUUACUAACAUUAAAAGUAGACAUAUUUUAUAUAACUGUUAUGUUUGUUGUUGUAGUGUCAUGAGGAAGUUAUUUGACUGAUGAACACUUAUGAUACAAAUUCACUUAUUAGUGUGGAUAUUUUAUAUCCAUACUUCAGUUCACAAUUAAUAUCAAGGUGAAGUAUGGAGAAAAAACAAGAAAGAAAACACAACAAAGUGAAAAGUGAUCCAAGUUUGAGUUUCAGCUUUAGUCAGUUGUACUGAAAAAUAAAGUUUUUCAUAGAUAUG